AUGUCAGCUAGCCUGAGUGCAUUCUAUGCGGCUUGUUGUAUUAAUGAUUUGAAAACCGUUCAAGCGACUGCUAACCGUAAUGAAGUCGAUGCCAGUGGACCUGAUGGCAACACACCCCUGCACGCUGCAUCCAAAAAUGGUCACGUCGAAGUUGUCCGACUUCUAUUGCGAUAUCACGCAUCUCGUACAGCCGUUAACCAUGAAGAACUUACUGCCGAAGAAUUAGCAUGCAACGAAGAGACUAAAGCAGUAUUCAAGGACUCAGCACAAAUGAUCUCGGAUUCGAACCACUUCGUUGCUUCAUCACGCGAAGUUGAAUGGGUUGAUUCGUAUAAGAAUGCCUACCGGAUCUCGUACGAGAACCAUGAACACAUGAAACGAUGGCUAACGAAGGUUACUCUAAGCAAACUACUCAACGCAAUUAUCACUGACUAUAUUGACAAACUCAAUUUUGCAUUUGAAAAAACUCGUGAAACCAUCAAAGAGUAUGUGUCCUAUACGAUUGACCUAGAUGAUCCCCUUGGACUAUUACUUGCAUACACGCAUCCAUGUGGUGAUUUCUUUCUUUUGCUAAAUCGUAAUUUAGCCGAAUUCGGCUCCGACUUUCGUUUUACCAGCACGCAAGCUUUACUUGAUUCAGGUUAUGCUGACAAUGAACCACCAAAAGGUCUUGGUCAAUAUAUUUUUGCUUCUAUCGUCAUUAAUCAUCCUCGUUUCCGUCCAUACCAGUAUGCUGGCACCACUUAUCGUGGAAUGAAAAUUACUAAGGAAGAUCUUGAAGAAUACAAUAAUAAUAAUAUUAUUAUGACUCGUUCAUUUCUUUCAACAUCAAAAAAGCGAUCUACUGCCGAACUAUUUCUUCAUUUCCAAGAUGACAUGACUCAUCCGACAGUUAUAUGCAUUUAUAAAGUAAUUAAUCAAAGAUCAAGCCUUGCAAUCGAAAACAUAAAUACCAGCCGAGAUAAUGAAGGUGCAGAUCAUGAUUCCUAUCCAUUGCGAAAUAAUGGACGAGGAUCUCAUGAAGCUAACUCUCAAAAUUAUGCUGCUGAAACCAAUGGAACACAUGGCAUACCCAUGGACGAAUUCGAACAAAUAAUUCUCGAUCAACAUAAUAGAUAUCGUCGACAAAUGUGUGCUAAUGAUCUUGAAGAAGAUGAUAAUUUACAUGAAAAAGCUCAUAAACGUGCACAUACUCUCGCCAAUGGGCAAGAUAUACAAUUAUCGGAUGAUUUUAGCGAGAAUGUUUAUAUACUUGAUACAGCUGAUCCAUCAAAAAUAACCGGCGAAAUUAUUGUUAAAGCUUGGUACGAUGAAUAUCAUCAAUAUAAUGUUAAAAAUGAAUCUUCAGCUAUACAUUUUUCACAACUUGUAUGGAAAAAUUCUAAAAAGCUAGGCGUCGGUCAUGCUUAUACAGGACAUACAUUAUAUAUUGUGGCUUUUUAUAAGCCUCCUGGAAAUAUUCGUGGUCAAUUCGAUAUAAAUGUUGGCUGUAAUUCUAGUAAUGAGCAAAAUCCAACGAAAAGAUAA